GGAAGGAAGUCGGCAAGCGAUUUAUUAUUUUUUACGUAUGCGAGUGAUAUUAUUACAUGAAGCUCUAUUUUAACUACGUAUACAAGCAUUUUGUUGCAAUAAUUGCCAAAGUUUGAACACCAUAGAAUGUAAAUGGACACCUGUGGCAUCGAUUGUUUUGAACAACAGAUUAAACGUCUGAAAAAAGUUACAAGAAUUGAAAUAAAAGAAAAUAAAAUGUCGCUGUGGGCGAGAGCUCAGCAAUUACCGCCCGAGAGCCUUCAAAAGGUGCGUGCAGUUUAUGGGGAACACUUUCCCAUUGAAGUUCGUCACUGUCUCGCCACAUGGAUCGAGAACAGGAUAUGGACUCCAGAACCAGAGGAGCAGCAGAGAUUCUUUGUAGAAGAGCUCUUGCAGGAGAUACACACGCAUACGGAGCUGAUGCUGUCCCCGGAGAUGUUCGUCACUAAGAUGAAGCUCAUCGAAGCGGCUAAGCAGUUCCGUAUGCAGUACAGCCACGCCCCUCACGAGCUGUACACAUACAUGCGACGCUGCCUGGCUUUGGAAAUGGAAGUGAUCCAGAGUGCCAUGGGAUCACCAUAUAUGCAGCCGCAGACAGAGAGGAAAUAUAGCGAGCUUAUAACGGGUCUCCAAACGGUCCGUCAGAAGGUGAACAUGGCGAGCGAGGAGAUAAGGAGCCUCCAGUCGAACAUUGAGUCGUUCUCCCUCCAAUAUCACGAGUGCUUGAAGAACAAAGGUCACAUAAAUUAUCUUCAGCAGUCUGGACCGAUGACGAACGAGCGACGGGAACUUGAAGCCUGUCUGAGAGUCCAGAUCGACGAAAUGGAGAGGAAACUAAACGCUCUGGUGGCGCAGAUCAACCAAUCGCAGAUGGAGCUCGUGGAUCACAUGAAAGAGAACAUAACCAACCUCAGACAGCUGCAAAGCCAAGUGCUGGAUGAGGAGCUCAUCAAAUGGAAACGUGAACAGCAAUUGAGCGGAAACGGUGUUCCGAUGCAAUCGAAUCUGAAUACGAUACAAGAGUGGUGCGAGCUGCUAGCGGACCUGAUUUGGAGUACGAGACAGCAAGUCAGCAACGUCGCACGGAUCAACAGCAAGACUAUCGCGGAACUGAGACAGCCGCAUCUCGCUGAAAUGUUGGACGAUAUGAGCAAACAAGUGACAAGUUUGCUGUCAACGUUGGUGACAUCUACAUUUGUUAUCGAGAAGCAACCGCCCCAAGUCAUGAAGACCAACACUCGUUUCACGGCUACAGUGCGCCUGCUCGUAGGCGGUCAGCUCAAUGUGCACAUGACUCCGCCGCGUGUGACGGUGGUGAUAAUAUCGGAGCAGCAAGCACAGCUGCUGCUGAAGAGCGAAACGCAGAGCGGGCGCGGCAAGCAGCCGGUAGAAUGCGGGGAUAUACUUAAUAACAGUGGCUGCAUGGAGUAUCAGCCCACCAGUCGCCAGCUUAGCGUCAGCUUCCGGAACAUGCAAUUGAGGAAAAUAAAACGCGCCGAGAAGAAAGGCACGGAGAGUGUCAUGGAUGAGAAACUCACUCUUCUAUUUCAGUCCGAGUUUAAUGUCGGUGGGGGGGAAUUGGUGUUCCAAGUAUGGACGCUGUCGCUGCCGGUAGUGGUGAUCGUGCAUGGUAACCAAGAGCCGCAUGGCUGGGCCACGGUUACGUGGGACAACGCCUUCAGCUCGCCAGGCCGAGUACCCUUCACAGUGCCUGAUAAGGUGUCUUGGGGUCAGUUAGCCGAGACACUACGCAUCAAAUUCUGUUCGGCCACGGGUGGUGACCUCUCCGAGGAUAAUCUGCGCUUCCUUGCCGAGAAGAUAUUCAGGACCAGCGUUCCGCUGAACAGCAUGGAGCUGAACAGUAUGACGGUGAGCUGGACGCAGUUCUGCAAGGACGCGCUACCGGAGAGGAACUUCACCUUCUGGGAGUGGUUCUACAUGGUCGUGAAGGUGACAAGAGACUACCUGCGGACGCUCUGGUGUGACCGGCUGAUAAUGGGCUUCAUUCAGAAGAAGCAAGCUGAAGAGAUGCUGGCCAAGUGUCCUCCAGGCACGUUCCUGUUGAGGUUCUCCGACUCCGAGCUCGGUGGUAUCACUAUCGCUUGGGUUGGCGAGGCCAACGAAGUAUUCAGCCUUCAGCCGUUCACGUCGCGAGACUUGAUGCUGCGUUCCCUCGCAGAUAGGAUCUUGGACCUGGCUCAGCUGCAGUUUUUGUACCCGAACGUGGCGAAGGACGAUGUCUUCUCCAAGUACUACACUAAACCUGAGAACGAGAUGCUGAAGAACGGUUACGUGAAACCGGUUUUGGUGACAACACUGCCGCCGUACAUGUCGGCGUCGCCGGCGUACGCGCACUCGCCGGACUCGCACCGGAACACACCCAGCGUGCACAGCAGUUGCGGUACAACUAUUCUUCAACUGUAAAGGAAGAAGGAGUGGGGGGUUUAUAUCGAUGUUAUUAUAUUAAUCGUAUUGAAUACUCUAAUUCAAUCAAUGAUGUGUGACGUUUAAACUCGGUAAUGAGCAAUGAUACUCUUUUGUUAUGCCAAACUGUAAAAAAAAACCUUUUUACUCUGUCCUUUUCUGUGGCGUUGACGACUGCGAAAUAUCAUGCUGAUCGAAAUAGUUAAAGCGUGACAGCGUAACAAACAAACUCACUUACUCAUUUAUAUUAAUAAAGAUACCGGCUCUACUGCUUUUAUGGCUUCAUAAUGCGCAUACCGCGUGUUAGAUGUUACACAUCAUAUAAAUAAAUGUUACGAGGCUUUGUUACAUUGGUGAUUUGUAAUGUCUGUUAAUGUUUAAAAAAACUCGUUUAUGGUUACAAUUAGGUGUGUGUAGGUUGUCCUUUAUUAAAAAAAAAAAAAACUUGCCUAAUUAAUGUACUUAUUUCACGUCACUAUUGACGGUUUACGAUAGUUGUGAUCCGCGCGCCAUGCGAAUGGGAUGUUAUGACAGUUCUCGAUGGAGGAGCGUUAGCAAAACAAAUUUCUGUACGAUGGUUAUCCGACUGACGAAACAGAAAGGUCCAAAGAUUUGAGAAGAUUGUGCAUGUGUGUGUUUCUAGGUAUGUAUGAUCAACGGCAGAUAUUUUUUAUCGUGUGAUCGUAGUUUCAAUUUCAAUUAUUAUUGUUAUUAAUAAUAUAUAUAAAGGACGAACGACAAAAAUCUAAACUUCAAGGAAAAUUCAAGCAAACAUCCAUACUAAGAAAUAACGUCACGCGUUCGCGAGCAUCGACGCGAGUUUGCCGACGUCACCGCUGACCGGGCGUGUCUCAUUUCCAAAAGGUCGUAUCCCAUUCUCAUCGCUCGCGGACUUAAGACAUUUCUUAAUUAAAAAAAAAAAAAAAACAACUAUUUACAAUUAAAUUAAUUAAUAUUAGUGUGAGAAUGUACAUUUGAUUCCUAAAUUCGAUUUUGUUUUAUAAAUAAAAUAAUUAGAUAGGAGUGUUAAAAUAUUAACAAUUUGAAAAUCGAACAGCAGUAUUAGAUUUAAAAAAAAAACAAUACAUUUUUUUUUAUUCGAUAUAUCAGUAUUAUUUGUAAUUUUGGUUGUAUUUCUUUACGUUGUCGGCUUACACAGAUUAUAAAUUUAAAAAGAUCUUGGAUACGUACGUUCUUAAUUUCUUAUCUGUGGACUAGUGUUAUCAGAUGUUAAUGAUACACAUCAAAUUAAGUAAUUGUAGUUAGGGAAAUAUGACAAGCGCUUACGGACAGAUUAAAUAAAAACGGCAUUCACAGUUUUUUUAGAGAAAAUUAAAUAGUUUAAAAAAAAAAGUAAGAAAUAAUAAAAACAAAGUCGAUUUAUCUAUUUCUACUGCAUAUCAACUAUUAAAAAAAACGUUUUCAGGGUUGUCAACGAAUUUAAAAGUUAAUUUUAAAAAUAUACAAAAAUAGCUGACAGGAAAAAUUAUUAAUAUUUUUAAUUGAAUACCGCUUGAGUUCACUGAUCAAUUUCAAUGUCAAUUUGUCAUUUGCUAUCUCUCUUCCUCGCAUUAUACCUAUCGUGUAUGUUGCGAGACGGAAGCAUGGAAACGUUACGUGACCUUAUAAAAAUAAUAUUAUUGUCUGUGGGAACAAAAUUUUCACUUUAAAUGUAAACGUAAAUAUUUAAUACUAUUCGUGUUUUCUAAAUUUAAAUUAUAUUCAUUCGUCAUUAUUUCUUUUAUUAAUGUAAUUUAUAGUUUUUUUUUUUUUUCGUACUAAAGAGUAUGGUGCAAUUCUACUAAUAUGUAACGAUUACGAUACGAUUUCUUUUACGAUCCAAUCGGUGUUAGUAGAACAGUUUGUUAGUAGAAUUGUCUCCCAUUUAUGUAUUUUAAAGAAAGAGAAAAAUUGUAACAUAAUUUUUUUAUAUACAUUUUUUUAUUGAUAAAUUUAUCUAUAUCGGCGCUGUCUAAUAAACCCGUCCCUAUAUUGCCAUUUAUGAAUUAAAUAUAUAUAUAUAUAUAUAUAUUUUAAGAUAUAUUAAUUAGACCUGUAUCUUUAAUGUUUAUAAACGGCGUAUAUUAAAUUUAGUUCACCACUCCCAUAUGGCGAGGAGGGCUAUACAAAUGAAAUUCGAUCGAUCUAAUUCGAUUUUGCACAUAAAGACAGUAAACAAUGAACCGUCCUCCCCCUCUUCCAUCUUCUGAUUGUUCUCGUUUAUGCUGUGCGCAUGCGCAAUAUGCGACGUGUAAGUAACCUUUUUACGCAGUAAAAACAAUGAAGUUAUAUUUAUUUAACGACCAUUAUUGAAUGAAAUAUUAUUUUUAUGUGGAAUGCAAUAACUACACAAUAUUCUAAGUAGCUUGUAAUAACUAGAAAUUUCUAUUAUUAUAUAUUUAUUAAAAUUAUUAUAAUAAAAAAAAAUUGCAAUAAAAUUAAAUACGUUUGCAUAUCGAAUUUCGACGACCAAUUUAAAAAUAGUUUUACUUAGACUUUUCAUACACUUAAAAUAUGUAUACGUAAUAAUGACGUUAUUUAAUCUUAUUUAUAUACUGGAAAAUAGCUUAACAGUCUUAACUCGGUACCUAGUGAAUUUUGACAGUGACAAUCUUGACGUUUGUUGAAAGGUGUCACAAUGUUGACAGUUUUACAUUUUAUAUAAUUGAGGCAACGACACAAUCGAUUCUGCCAUUGAUAACCAUUAAAAUUAUACCUGAGCCAAUUACCAAUACUACUUUUCGCCCUGUUAUGGAAAUUCGAUCGUGAUAUGAAUUUUUUUACUUUUAUCAAUUGAGCUAUAAAACGGAAAUCGAUUAACAAAUCAAGGAGAAAAAGGCACUGCACUUUUUUGUCUUUACCUAUUUGUAUAUAAAAUAUGUUUUUUUUUUUUUUAAGAAUUUAAUCACUGAAAGUUUUAAAAAGUUUUUAGACGUGUUGUCAUUUAAUUGUUAAGCUAUUUUCAGUUUAUAUUAUUAUAUCUUGAUGUAAUUCCAUUUAUGCAUUUUUAAAAUUUAUGGUCUCAAAUUUUUUAUUAGAAUUAUAUUAAAUUUUAAAUAAAAUUAAAUAGCACAAAAUAUUAUUGUUAUAAAUGUUGAUGUUUAUAACAUUAUAUAUGUCAAUUAUAAAGGUACGUAGAUGGUUUUUUUUUAUAUAUGUGGAUUAUAAUGGAACGUACUGCAAAAAUAAAUUGACCUCAGAGAUUGUGUACAAGAUAAUCACCAUAAAUGACAAUUAAGUUUUUUUUUUUUUUAAUAUGUGAUUCUAAGUUUUCAUGCCUUGAGGUCCAAUAUGUUGAUAUUAGUAAGGCUUCUAGCUUAACCUUAAUCAAAGUAAACCGUUAUUGGUCGAUCGUAGCUGAUGACGUAAUAUUCGACGAAUGAGCGUUUCACUCGUUGAAAUCUUUGAUGAUGAUUUCAGAAACUGCCGGUUAGUGACCGAGGUUAAAAAUAUGUUUCAACACAUAUAAGCUUUAUAUAAUUUGACUGUAUUCUAUGUAUUAUGUUCCAAAGGCUAUUAAAAACGUUUUGAUAAAUAUAUUUUAUUAGAAAAUGUUUGAAUAGUUUCUUGUAUUUGUGAAGUUUGUGAUAUUCGACUUUUCUUUUUAGUCUUCAUUAUUAAAGUGUAUUUGUUGCUGAAAAUAUCAAUAUAUAAGUGGUUUUCAACUCUAAUGUUAUAGAUUGUAUUCGUUAAAAUUAUAAAAAGAUAAUUGUCGUUAGCGUUCUCUUACGGUUAAAUGCCGAAAUUUAACGAUGACUUGCUGGUUUCCAUUAGGUCGUAUCGACAUUCAAAUAACUAUACGAAAUGCGCCAUUUUUAAAACCAAUGGCUAAGCUUAAAUGCUGAUAAUCUAUUGUUUCAGCGCCGUCACGAUUUCGUUUCAUAUAUAUUUGUUGUUUUAAACUUGCCUUGUGAUUUAUGAUAAACAUAAUAACGGUUAUUAUUAUCACUCAAAACUUAUAACGGAACGUAAAUCUCAAAACUUUCACGUAUAAUCGCAUAAACAACAGCUUAACAUAAAAAAAUUACCAACAUUUACAAACUUUGAUAUAUUACAUAAAUACGCCAACGUUGUUCCGGCUUUACGAAUCACGAAUCUUUUAUAUAAAAUAAAUGAAAAGUAAAUUUAAGCAUGAACGUUCAUAUAAAUAUUUUUUGUGAUAAAAUAUAUAUAAAAGUCAUGUCAUAGAAAUUCGUGUUAGACGUUUCAACCGUCGCAUUGGAAAAGUACCGCCAACUUCUUGCGAAAUCGAAGCGAAAUCGAAGCGAAUUCUACUAAUCCGUAACGAUUACGAUACGUUUCCGAUUCAAUUACAAACCAACUCUGACUAUUCUAUAUAUAUCCGGAUCGGAACCGAACCGGUACGAUGUUAACAUAUACCGUUGUGUCAAAACCAAACUUAAUUGUUAACUUCUAUGGCAAUAGUCGAUAAUUAAAUUAAAUAAUAGGUAAACGGAUAAACGGCAACGAUUACGCUUCGAUUCGAUUGCGUUAAAGUGACAAUUUGUUAGUAGAAUUGAAUCCCUGUUGGACGGUAUUGCGUUGUCCGACUAUGGACUGUCGCGGUUAGCUCGGUUAGCUGACAUUACGAGCCGUACAAUUUUUUUUUUUUCAUUAUUAUCGUCGUGUAGUUGUCAGUUCGCUAUAACGAAGAACGGGUGAUAUCGUUUACAUAGAUGUCGAUAAUGUGUUUUUGAAAUAUUGUGUAAACGUGGCAAAAAUUUGUCGUUUCGAUCGAAUGUAAACCAGCUCCAAUGUUUAUUAAAUAUUUAAAUAAAGAACGUGUGUAUAAAUGAAAUUGAAAUCGGACUCUUGAAUGAGUGAAAACGGAAGCAUAAUAAGUAUUUUCUUAUCUGUAUUGGAUGUGACUAUUAAACUUUUUCCUAGUUUAAGGUAGAGUAAGUUAAAAAAAAAAAUAUAUAAAAAAAGUAAAUAAAAAAAUGCUCAAAAAGCGGAAUCACUGGUUGUAUGGGGAAGUGUCAAAACUUUUAUUACUUUUUCUUUAUUAUAAUUAUAUAUUGUUUAUUUUAAUUGGAUUGUUUAUAAUCGUGACGUCACAUUGGUUGAAAUAUUUAUAUUUGUCUGUGUAUUUUUU